ACCCACCCACCCACCAUGCCGCAGCUGGAACCGGCGGGGGGGGGGGGGGACGACCUGGGGGCCCCCGACGAGCUCAUCCCCUUCCAGGACGAGGGCGAGGAGCAGGACAAGGGCGCGGGGCGCGGCUCGGCCCAGGGGGACCUGGACGAGCUCAAGUCCUCCCUGGUCAGCGAGACCGAGAGCCGCGGCCCCGCCACCGGCCCCGCCGCCCCCUCCGGCCCCGCCAGCGAGACCCGGGAAAGUUUCCAGAAGCCGCGGGACUAUUUGGCAGAAGUGGUCCGGCGGCAGCAGGAGGGGGGGUUUUUCAAGGCCCCCCCAUACCCCGGGUACCCCUUCCUGAUGCUCCCGGAGCUGGGCAGCCCCUACCUGCCCAACGGAGCCCUCUCCCCCGGCGGUGCCCGCGCCUACCUGCCAGUGAAGUGGCCACUGCUGGACGUGCCCCCCAGUGCCCCCCUCAAGGACAGCCGCUCCCCCCCCCCUGCACACUUGGCUAACAAAGUGCCAGUGGUGCAGCACGGCCCCCACCUCCACCCCCUGACCCCCCUCGUCACCUACAGCACCGAGCACCCCCCCCCAGGACCCCUGCCCCCAGACAUCGACCCCAAAACGGGGAUCCCGCGGCCACCCCCCCCCGAGCUGCCCCCCUACUACCCCCUGUCACCUGGAGCCGUGGGGCAGAUCCCACACCCCCUGGGCUGGCUCGUGCCCCAGCAGGGUCAGCCCGUCUACUCCAUCCCCCCCGGGGGGUUCCAGCACCCCUACCCCGCCCUGGCCAUGAACGCCUCCAUGUCCAGUUUGAUGUCCAGCCGCUUCUCCCCACACAUGGUGUCCCCCCCGCCCCCUGGGCUGCACCCCUCGGGCAUCCCCCACCCCACCAUCGUCUCCCCCAUCGUCAAACAGGAGCCCCCCCAGCCCAGCGCCAGCCCCGGGGACAACGCGAAAUCCCCCGCGGCGGGGAGGAAGGAGGAGGAGAAGAAGCCGCACAUCAAGAAGCCCCUGAACGCGUUCAUGCUCUACAUGAAGGAGAUGAGGGCCAAGGUGGUGGCCGAGUGCACCCUGAAGGAGAGCGCGGCCAUCAACCAGAUCCUAGGCAGGAGGUGGCACUCCCUGUCCCGGGAGGAGCAGGCGAAGUUCUACGAGCUGGCACGGAAGGCGCAGCUCCACUCCCAGCUCUACCCCACCUGGUCUGCACGGGACAACUACGGCAAGAAAAAGAAGCGGAAGCGCGAGAAAAUGUCCCAGCAACAGGGACAUGGACACGACCCCGAGAGCUCCCUGCCCUCCAAGCCCAAGAAGCCGUGUGCCCCGUUCCUGCCCGUGGAGAAGCCGUGUCCCAGCCCAGCCUCAUCCCAUGGCAGUUCCAUGCUGGACUCCCCGGCCACCCCCUCGGCCGCCCUGGCCUCCCCGGCCGCCCCGGCUGCCACCACCUCGGAGCAGGCUCAGCCCCUCUCCCUCACCACCAAACCCGAGGCCAGGGCUCAGCUGCCGGGGCAUUCUGGGCCCUUUUUGGCAGGCAAAGCCUCUUCCUCCUCCUCCUCUUCCUCCCACCUCCUCCUCGGGUCUCUCCCAGAUCCGUUCCCUUCUCCUCACCUCCGGCUUUGGUGGCCCCGUUGGCCGCUCUGCAGACGCAGCCGCUCGCCCUGGUCACCAAACCUGCUGACUAAGGGAAAAAAAAACCCACCCAACCGACCUCAAACCUUCCCCAAAACACUUCUGUGUCAUGUCCCCCCCCUCCUCCUGCUGCCCCAUCCCCCCAUCCCCUCCCUGCUGUUGGGUGCAGAAGCCACAGCCAAGACCCAGCCCCGGCCAAACCCGUUAUUGGUCAAUAUUUGACCUUCCCUGAACUCUUUGGGAGCCGUCCGGAGGAAGGGCUGGCCAGCCUAGAGACCAUUUUUGUUUAAAAAAAAAGGAAAAAAAAGGAAAAAAAAAAAAAUACGUAAGAAGAAAAGGAACCCUGGGGGAUUGUGGGAGGGAUGGAGGGACAGCACCAGCCCGUGGCCACCACUGCUACAGAGCCACGGCCCCACACUGCCCAGGCACAGGUACCCAGCAGCCCAGGGGCAAGAGGCAGACAUGCUGGCUACUGAGCUAGCCAUCUGGGCUACCAAGCCCAGGGGAUUGGCCCCAGGCUUACCAACCUGGGCUGCCAGACUGGGCUGGUGGCAUGGGCUCUUUACUCAGGCUACUGACCUGGGCUACUGACCCAGGCUUUGGAGCCAGGCUACCAACCUGGACAACCAGCCUGGGUUAACAACCUGGACUGUUGACCUAGACUACCAGCAUGGGCUACUGACCCAGCCUAACUGGGCUACCAGCCCAGGCUCACACCCCGGUGCCUGCAGCUGCUCCCCCCCAUCCAUCCUACUCUGUCCUCUCUGCAGUGGCCUUGGCCCUGUCCCAGCCCUGCCUGGGGUCUGGUGCUGGGGGCAGGGGGUGCCCGGGGCUGGGCUGGGGUUUGUUCCCCUCCAAUCAAUUUUUCACAAAAGGAAAUAAAACUCCAGCUGCAGUUCUGUGCUUGAGCGUGGUCGGUGCCCAGUGCCCCCUUCACCAGCUUCUGUAUCACCAGCUCCAUCCCUGCCUCCUCCAUCACCAUCUCCACCUUUUUCACCUCCAUCUC